UAUAACCAAAACAGUGUCACUCUUCUGGCUGAAAUGUCUAUAAAAGAAGAAUACCACCGUUGUGUCCCAUUCCAGGUUCCUGUUGUAACUGUAGAACUGGUGGCAUCUAUUAAUAUUCAGAUUAAUGGGUCACAAACAUUCCUAAAUAAGACAACACAGAUCCUAAUCACACCUCCAACACAACUGACCUUUAUUCAGACAGACAAACCCAUCUAUAAACCAGGACAAACAGUAAAGUUCCGCAUCGUCUCUGUGGAUACCAAUUUCCUCACUUAUGAACAGACGUUUCCAACAAUAGAAGUGAAGGACCCGAACUCAAAUCGCAUUGGUCAGUGGCUGAACGUUGCCACCUCCAGCGGUCUGGUGGAUCUGUCAUAUCCCAUAAACUCUGAGGCUACGAAAGGAAUUUACAUCAUCAACGUCUGGGACGAGAAAAACACAGAGCUCACACAAACGUUUGAAGUCAAGGACUACGUUCUGCCGACAUUUGAAGUUACAGUAGAGCUUCCUCCAGUCAUAACCAUCCUGGACACUAAUGCCACACUGAAAGUCUGUGCAAAAUAUACAUACGGGAAGCCGGUGAGUGGGAUGGUGAAGGCCAAAGUCUGCCAUAAUAGUUACAGAUACAGUUGGCUGCAAGGAGACACAACACCAGACAUCUGCAAGAAUUAUACAAUGAUGACUGACAAAACAGGCUGUGGAAUAGAAAUCAUAGAUCUGACAGAAUAUGCAUUAACUGAUUCACGCUAUGAAGCUUCAAUCAUAGUUCAGAGUGAAGUGGAAGAAGACGGCACCGGUGUGAUUCUGACUGGCUCGGGAAGUUCUCCUAUAACAUCUAAUAUGGUCACAAUCUCAUUUGAGGAGUCAUCAUCAACAUUUAAGCCUGGAAUGGCAUAUUCAGGACAAAUUAAAGUGAUCUGCCCAAAAUCCAAUCCUAUGAAAAAAAAAAUAGUGUAUUUAACUGUAACUUAUGCUGGUAAUAACAUUUCAGUACGGAAGCUGCUUACAAAUUACAAAGGCAUUGCAAAGUUUUCUCUCAACACUGAACCAUGGGGUCUGGAGCAAGUCUCUCUUCAAGCGGAGUAUGAAAUGACUAACAGACCAGUUGUAUAUAAGGAAAAUCAGCUCACACCACAGUAUCCAGCAGCCUACCUCUGGCUUCAGCCUUUCUACUCCAAGAGUCGGAGUUUUAUUAAAUUGAGGAGCUGCUUGACACCCUUAAGCUGUGAUAGAAAUGGCGUCAUCAAGGCUCAGUACAUGAUACACCACAGUGCACUUUCACCACGCCAGAAGACUAUAUCCUUCUUCUACAUGGUGAUGAAUAAAGGGCAUUUGAUUCAGCAAGGACGUAUCACAGAAGCCAUCAGCCCUGGGACAGAGCACAGGGGAAACCUGGUGGUUACUCUGCAAAACAUGAUAAAGCUGUCCCCGGUUGCUCAGGUGGUCCUGUACACAGUCCUUCCCAGUGGUGAAGCUGUGGCAGACAGCAUGAACUACCCCAUUCAGCUGUGUUUGGCUAACAAGGUGUCUUUAAGUUUUUCACCUUCUACUGAGCUUCCUGGUGGUCAGGUGUCACUGAAGCUGAAAGCUGCUCCGGGUUCCCUGUGUUCAGUGAAGGCCAUAGAUCAGAGUCUGCUGCUGCUUCAACCAGAGAAGGAGCUCAACAUCCAAUCUGUGUUCAACAUGCUGCCUGUGCAAACGUUAUCAGGAUAUCCGUACAACAUCUACGAAGAAGAUUCGAACCCAUGUUGGGGGAUCCCACCAAUCAGGAUUAUCCCAUUUGAUGCGCAAGUGCGAAAGAUUGGUUUUUUUCCGCACCCUGGAAAGGUGGAUGUGUAUAACACCUUUAAAGAUAUUGGAAUUAAAAUCCUCACCAAUACAGACAUAAAGAAACCUUCAGAUUGUUUUCCAAAUAUGAGUGCCCUAGACAUACCUGUAGCUGAAGCCAAAGACGCACCAGCUGUCCUCGCCAAAGAAUCCACUUCAGGUGACUCAAGUUUAAACCAAGCAGUUAUUACAAUCCGCAAAUAUUUCCCAGAGACCUGGAUUUGGGAUCUCGUUUCAGUCAGUCAGUCUGGAGCGAUGGCUGUUAGUAAAACAGUCCCAGACUCCAUCACCACAUGGCAGGCUGGUGCGUUCUGUACAUCACCUGUCGGGUUCGGAGUCGCACCGAAAACCGAGCUCACUGCCUUCCAGCCUUUCUUUGUGAGUCUCACCAUGCCCAGCUCCGUCAUCCGAGGAGAAGUGUUCACACUCAAAGCCACCGUCUUCAACUACCUCCAAAGCUGCAUGAUGGUGAUGGUGACUUUGGCUGACUCGGAACAAUUCUCUGCACAAGUGUGUGAAGAGUGCAGUUAUACACAAUGUCUGUGUGCUGACCAGAGCUGGACUUUCUCUUGGACCAUCACACCGCUGGUACUGGGGCAGGUAAGUAUCAACGUGACAGCAGAGGCCAUACAGUCAUCGGAUCUAUGUGGAGAGAGAGCAGUGACUGUACCACAGAAAGGACACAUUGAUUCAGUCAUUAAAACACUGCUAGUGCAGCCUGAAGGAACCAAACAGUAUAAAAGCUACAAUGAGCUUCUCUGCCCUUCAGAAGGUGCCAUUGAGAAGACAGUCUCACUAACCCUGCCUGAGGUAUUCGUGGAAGGUUCAGCCAUGGCCUCAGUCUCUGUGCUGGGAGAUCUGAUGGGCCGAGCUCUACAGAACCUGGCGAGCCUCCUAGCGAUGCCAUAUGGCUGUGGAGAGCAGAACAUGCUGCGCUUCGCCCCCAACAUCUUCAUCCUGGAGUACCUGGAGAGCACCAACCAACUCACGCCGCAGAUCAGGAGUACAGCUGAGACCUAUCUCGUGAGCGGAUAUCAGAGAGAACUGACCUACAAACACACUGAUGGAUCUUAUAGUGCUUUUGGGAUGAGUGAUCCAUCAGGAAACACAUGGCUGACAGCAUUUGUGAUGAAGUCUUUUGGAAAAGCAAAGCGAUACAUCUUUAUAGAUCAGGUGUUUGUGGAACAGGCGAAGGCUUGGCUCGGUCAACAGCAGCAGGACAAUGGAUGCUUUGCCUCAGUGGGACAACUCUUCCAUCUUGACAUGAAGGGAGGAGUGAAUGAUGAGGUGACUCUCUCGGCGUACAUCACAGCUGCAAUGCUGGAACUUAAUUAUACAGUUACAGAUCCUGUGGUGAACAACAGUCUUACAUGCCUAAGGAAUGCGUACACUCAGGUGAACUUGAACUAUGCUAAGGCUCUCCUCUUCUACACCUUCACCCUUGCUGGAGAUGAGGGGAUGAGGAACACACUCAUCUCAGACCUGGAUGCAAAUGCCAUUAUCUCAGGGGGCGGGCGUCACUGGAGCAGAGUGAAUGAUGGGUCAGUGACAGACUCUUUGGAGGUGGAGAUGACCUCGUAUGUUCUCCUGGCUCUGAUGUCUGGACCAGAGCUACCAGGGUUUGAUCUGGGUUACAGCACCAGCAUCGUCCAAUGGCUUUCUCAGCAACAGAAUGCCUUUGGAGGCUUUGCAUCUACACAGGACACUGUUGUGGCUCUACAGGCUUUGGCAAAAUACAGUCUCGCCACCUACAGUCCAGCAGAAACUGUCACCGUUACUAUAACAUCACCAUCUGGGCUGAUUAACACCUUCACCAUCACUCAGAGUAACAGGCUGCUGUAUCAGGAGACUCAGCUACAGGAGGUUCCUGGAGACUAUGAUGUCACAGCAGAAGGAAGAGGCUGUGUGUAUGUGCAGGUUGGUAUAUCACCAUUUUCUACAUUAUUCACUCACCUCAGCUCCUUUACUAAUUCAGCAGGUUCUUAGGAUAAUU